GUCGCGACGACGUCGUAUUCGCGUCGGCAGUGUCGAGUGAACUUGGUAGUACACGGAGUACCGGAAGUGGGAGUCGAUAGUCAAGAUAGUUUCUACUACUUGAAAGCUCAGCUUCCUUUGUUACACGUCGAGCAUUAUUCUCUUGCGACUCUGUUGAAAUAAUCACGACAUUAUAAUGUCUUCGGCGAUGUAUGAAUCCUUGGGAGCCAAGGUUGCUAUGUUCAACCAGUAUGCCAACAAACAUAAAGAUAAGCAGAGCAAGAACCCGUUCACUUCUGGUUUGAACAUCGAAAAGCCGAAAUUCUCGAAAGAGGAAUAUGGCAGACCAGAAGCAGGCUCCUUGUCUGAUCUACGCGGUCGCAAAGCGAACGCCCAUGUCUUGAAGGAGAUCCUGCAACUCUGCGAAAUGAUUGCUCAAGAAGGCAGUCCCUGUCGGGAUCAACCUGACGUAAUCGCCAUCACGUUCGGCGACCUCUUUAAUAUUUAUACUAAUAUCAACGACAAAUGCGUAGGACUGCUAUUGAGAGCGAGAAAGCAGAAAUAUGUAGAAUUCGAAGGCGAAUGUCUUUUCCAGAGAAGAGACGAUGAUGUACCGAUAUUUUUACUCAAACCCAUCGAAGAAAUUCGUAAGGAGUAUAAUCAACGACUUGAGGAAACCCGAAACAACGCCCUGGAUAGUUAAUGUAAAUUACCACUGUUUCUCUCUAUUAAUGUUAUCGAUCAUCAAACGACAUUCGCGGUUACCACAAUCGGGGUUACCACACAAUCCAGUUCGGCCUGUAUUUAUUCGUUUAUAUUUCACAGUGAUACGAGAAUGACCAGUAUAGUAUAUAAUUAUUGUAUUCGACUCUUGACGGUUUUGUACACUGAGAAUGAAUGAGUGCGGAUGUCGGUGUAAAUAUUUUCGCGAGUGGCGCGAGUGAGAUACGUUAAUGCGAUACAGUAAAAUAAUUUGGGCAAUUAACAUAAUUUUUAUAGAAUAUUUCGUUGGGGCUGUCAGCUAUGUAAAUGGUCCGUUAGCUAUGUAAAUAAAUAAUUAGUAUCUCGUAUAAUUUAUGCCGUUUAAAGAUAUUUUGCGAUCAUUAUAUUGCAAUUAUCCUGUACAUCUUUAUCUAAAUGUAAGAUACUUAAAUAACAUUA